GCUGGCGACGUCGCCCAGCUGGCAUCGGCUCUGAAGACGGUCACGGAGUCCAUCGGCACGCUGAAGCUCGCGAAUGGUGAUGCCAUCGCACAGCAGCUCGCGGGCGUCGCUGAUGCGCUCCAGGAGGCGCCAAGGACGCAGACCAAGUCACGAGCUGCGCGCUUGGCUGAAGCGGCGAAGGAGCUCGAGUACGCCAACAAGCAGUACAGGUGGGCGUUCGAGCAGGAGGGGUCAGCACAGCAGAAAGGCGAGAAGGCCAGUGCGGCCCUGAAGGAGAGAGCGGACGCGGUCGCGAAGGCUGAGCGCGAGAUCGAGGAGACCCAACAAGCGGGCAAGCCGAACACCAACCAGCACAGCAUCUUUGAGCAGCUGCUCGACACGGACGCGGGCCUGCUCUCUCCGAGCGACGUGCAGGUCGCCGAAGUGGAGCAGGAGUUCGCACACGCGGAUGACCUGGACGAGCAGGGCCGCAAGGAGAUCGACGACGCCAAGCGCCAGGUGCUGGAGCAGCUGCAGAGGAACAUCGGGGAGUUCGCGGGCCAGCUGACGCAGCACCUCCAGGCGGCAACGCUGAAGGCGGAGCAGGAAAGAGCCGAGAUCCCGCAGGCCUGCAAGAAGAGGAAGCACCACAUCUUCUGCGCCAACAUCACGCGGUGGGACCCGAAAGUCUUGAGCUGGCUGCGCCACGAUGAAGCACGGCAGCUGUACAACGUCUACGCGUUGCAGGAGGCCCACCUGGCCCACCACGAGCUCGACAGCACUGAGCACAAGCUGCAGAAGACGGGCUUCUCAGCAGUGUUCACAGCAGCGCGGGCAAGCGACAGAAGCGAGAUAGGUACUUGCGGAGGCACGAGAGCCCUCGUCAAGGGCCACCUCAAG